UGGACCCAUUGUGUGAUAACUGCCGAAGACUAUACCCAAUGGUGUUUCGUCUGCUUCCACGUCGACUCCGACUCUUAGGCGUCCGGAGGAUAUCGACACCGGUUUUGGCCAUCAUUUUGGUGGUCGUCGUGAUUGUCGUCCUAAUCAGUGUCUUACCAUCACAUGACAUACAUUCCUCGGAGGCGGACACGAGCGACAGCCGCGGAUCCGCUCAGAGUUGGCGUCAGAGCCCUGUCGGCGCCAAUGAUGGCGAACAAGUGGUCAGACCUGACGUGAAGGAAGUGUCCAAUAAUUUGCCACAAUUUAGGGAUCAAAUGCUCGGCAACUUCGAGGACGCGGUGGUGGGCGGGGACGCCCACCCGGGCGGUGGUGGGGCCCGACCGGGAGAUAAUGGGCACAAGUAUCUGCUGGAAGGGGAGGGCAUCGACUGGAAUGAGGUGAACGCCAAGAAGAACGAGUACGGCAUGAAUAUCGUGGCCUCCGAUCACAUACCGAUGGACAGGUCGGUGCCGGACCUGAGGCACGACGAGUGCAAG